CCAACCCGUUCCCCUUGGUAUCAUCAUCAAAGAGACCACGCCCUUUAAAGAGUGUACAGUUUGCGUCGUCGCCGACGCUUCGUUCCCACGUUCUAACGGUCGCUCUCUUCCCCUUACUUUCGCUCAACUCACAAACUGAUACCAAAGACUUUGAUCCUGUCUGGAUUUCCAUCUCCGGUGCGCGUGUCACCGUGAAACCCUUUCGAUACAUGAUUUCACUUUCCUUUCCGUCCAGUAUUGCGCUCGUCCUUCCUUUCUACCCUCUUCGCCUCUUUCUUUCCUUCGGCACUGUCCUGCCCGUUUGGCUACGCACCCGGGCUCCUUUCAUCGUUUGCACCACUGACUGCCAUGACCUUGGCCGGAUGGUUCUCCAUUCCUUUCCCGCGCCACUUCCUGUGGCAUUCACACUGCAUGCAUUCUACGUCGGGUUCGGCUGCCGCCUAUCCGCCCUUCCUUGGAUUCUUUCUGGAUGCCAGUGUCCCCGGCCUGGCGUACUUCCAUUCCUUUUCCCCCUCACCUCACAUGUGGGCCAUUCCUACCCUUUCAUUCUUCAUUCACAGCCUGUUGGCCUAUUAUCCUCAUUUGCAUCGUGGCCUUCAGCCCGGUGCCCUUUCAUUCCGUUCAUUGGCCUUCACGCCCACUCACAUUUUUCAGCUGUGCCAUCGCAGAUUCGAUGACAGAGAUCGCCUUGGAACCGCAUUAUCCAUGGCCCAAGGUUCCAAUCGAUACAGAACUUGGCUUCCCUGGCCCACUCGCCUUUUCUGCCCUGGUUGGAAAUCUUGGUGGAAGAGGCCGGGGGGGGACACAUUCCCAAAAAAAUGUGUUGAUGGGUGCUUUCGCAGAUAGCACACCGUCCUAGGCCCUUCCCUGCUCCCCCGAGCUGGUGCUGGACUAGGGCUGGAGCACCACGCUAGAUGGUGCGACUCAAUCAUUUUCUUACGAUGUAACUAGGAGGCACGACGAAUAAGCUAUAUUUCAAAGGGC